AUGCUAUAUCAGGUAAACAAAUACUUUUGCCAGAAGUCAUAUGUUACCAAACAGUUUCUAAAAUGCAUGCACCAUUGCAUAGAUCCCCAGAGAUCUAUUCUAUACCCUCUAAAAAGCAAAGGAUUGCUGCUGGUCACGGGAAAUGAAGCCUCAGUAUUCUUACAAGGCCUCAUUACUAAUGACAUGCGACAUUUUGAAGAAGGGGCCAAGUCAGUUUAUGCUAUGUUUUUGAAUAACAAAGGCAGGGUUCUGUUUGACACCUUAAUACACAAAUGGGGCAAUGACCAGUCCUACAUGUUAGAAUGCGAUCAGAAAAUUGUUAGUUCUCUUGAGAAACAUCUAAAAGUAUUUAAAUUAAGGAGAAAGGUUACAAUUGAAAAUAUUCAUAGUGAUCAUUAUAAAUUGUGGGCACUUAUAACACCAAAAGAUAAAUCCAUUGAUGAGAAUAUUGAUCUUAAGGGUGAGGUGAAUAUAUAUAAGGACCCUAGAUUAACCGAACUAGGACAUAGGAUAAUAUCUGCAAUAAAUAUUACCGAAUCUCAAGUUAUAAAUAGUCUUUGCAAUAAUGUCACUGUUGAUAAUAAUGAAGAUGGAUAUAGAUAUUUUAGAUACAAACUAGGUGUAAGUGAAGGUGCUGAUGACUUACCACCUGGCACAAGCUUUCCUUUAGAAGUGAAUUGUGAUUAUCUUCAUGGAGUUAGUUUUCAUAAAGGCUGUUACAUAGGGCAAGAAGUAACAGCUAGAGUCCAUCAUACUGGUGUUGUGCGUAAACGAAUAAUGUCCUUAAAAUUUGCAGAAAGUGUAAAAGAAAAAAUUGAAAAAGACUCAAUUAUAACUGCCAAUAGUAAUCCUAAAUUAAACUUAGGUAAACUGAAAGGUGUUGCUGAUAAUUACGGUCUAGGCCUCAUCAGAAUUAAAGAAGCUCUUGAUGUAAAAAAAAUAAGAAUUGGUAAUUAUAUAGCAGAAGCUGUUAAACCAGACUGGUGGCCAAUAGAAGCUCCAAAAGAGUUGCAAAAAAGUGAAUAG